AUAGAGGACCGAAACCUAAGCCUACUCAACACCCUAGGCACUAGGACCUUCUUUAGGCCGCACCUAUUAAGAGAGCUAGUAUUAGACCUAUCACUUGCCACGCCAGACAUAGCCAACAAAGUUAAAGACUGGCAAGUUACUACAGAAACUAGCUCAGACCACUACGGGCUGCUCUUCUCCAUCUAA